AUGUCACAGGAAGAUAUAUACUUACAAUCGUAUCCAUUCACAACUGCCGCUGCGAUAAUUGGUUAUGUCGACCGUAAAGUCUGUGCGGUUUUAAUUGGCGGACGUUCAGUGAUAGGUGUUUUGAGAACCUUUGAUCAAUUUGGUAACCUUGUGCUUCACGAUGCAACCGAGCGGAUAUACCUCUCCGAAACUAGACAGUAUGCAGAGUCUCAGCUAUCUCAGAUCUAUCUUAUACGUGGUGAAAACUUACUCAUGAUGGGCGAUUUGGAUAUAGAUAGUGAAGAUGAAGCUGUUCGAGGCUGGGAAAGAAUCGAUUAUAUCGAAGGUUAUAACAAGUUCAAGAAAAAUGUGAAAGAUGCAAAGGACCGUGCCUACAAAUAUGCAAAGCAAAUCUCUUACAAGGGUGCUUAUGCCGGAGGUUUCCAAUUCAUGUAA